AUGGAGACCUUCCAGCUUUCUUUUCCCCUGCCACGGUCCCUCGAGGCCCGGAUCUAUGUCCACCUGACCAUCCAGGCCAAAUCCGUCAUGAUCUUCUUGACAACCGCGGCGGGGGAUGAGCUAGGGACACCGCCUCCCAUGGGCUCGUUCGUCUAUGCCCUUCCAGACCCGCUCUCCACCCCGCUGUACACAGCCGGGUCGUCGGAGGAGUUCACAACGCGGAUGGCGAGGCUUUUCGCCAAGAAGACCCAGCUGCCCGUCUACGUCACGAGCUCGAUGAGCUUCGCGAGCACGGGGCUGGGCGGCACGGCCGAGGAGGAGAUGGAGGCGUUCAGGAGGGUCGUCGAGGUCGUCACCGGGAAGCUGCAGGACGUGCUCGGCGUCACGAACGGCGUGUCGGCCUUGUCUGUCACAAGCUCAUGA